UUUCACACCAUCCGUUAACCACAUUUUUAUUAAACAACUAUAUCUUUAAUACAUGGAAGCAUCGGGUUGAAAAGCAUAGAAAAACGGUAUUUCUAUAUUAAUAUCUAUAUAUAAUACCAAAAAAAAUUGGAGAUGGGUUAUUGUAGUGGGCUAACAAAUCUUUUCAAAAUGGUGCUGCUAAAGUUCUUUCAGAAUGGAUUACAAAUUUUUGCGCUUCUAUUGAUGACUCAAGCUCAGUGGCUUAACUGGGCCAUUUACAAGCUGUCUCCAUCCAAGUUGGGUUAUGUUCAGUUUGCAUUAUAUGGACUAAUGGUAUUUACUUAUUUAUUUGCGAAUGUAACCCCUCCAGGAUCCCCAGUGACUGCUUUGUUUGAGCCUAAAAUCAAUAGCCAAUAUAUGAAAAGAAAAGACGGGAUGCCUCGUUAUUGCGGUAAAUGUUUACAGUACAAGGCUGAUCGAACCCAUCACUGUUCGCGCUGCAAUUCAUGCGUAUUACGCAUGGAUCACCAUUGUCUUUGGUUUCGCAAUUGUAUCGGGUUUCGAAAUCAUAAGCUUUUCUACCUUGUUUGCUUGUAUCUGACGCUGUAUGCUCUUACAACUGUUUACAGUACGUUUAUGGCUAUAACGAAACAUUUCACCGCAGCAAAUGGGACCAUAAGCGCUUUGUAUUUAAUAUUUUGGGGCUCAUUGUUCGCAUUUGCGUUUGGGCUCAGUAUCGUAAUGGUUGCAUUUACAAUCUAUCAUACUUACCUUCUUUUACAAAAUCUCACCACUUUGGAAUCUAUGAAUUCAAGUUGGUCCAAAUAUGCCAAGUCAACUCAGCCCUUUAAUGUUGGUCUGUAUAAUAAUUGGUGUCAAGUGAUGGGAUCGGCUCCUUGGUUCUGGUUUAUUCCAAUUAGAAACUCAAUGGGAAAUGGCACUGUUUAUCCUAUCAACCCUAAUGCACUUCCAUACAUUUCCACUUCAGAAGAAAAAUCAGAGACAUCCCAUAAGAAGAUACCAUUGCCUAUAAGCUAUAGAGAAGAUGAAUGGGCUAGUGAUGAGGAAGAGUAUGCAAUGAAAAGUCGUCGCUGGAAUCCUCAUCUUGGUCAGUUCGAGUGGCUUGAUGAUAUAGUUUAGGUACUGAUGGGUUUCUUAUAUCCCGUUUCCUUCCUUUCAUAACUUUUUACGCCGAAACAGGCAAUUUUUCGUAUAAUUUUUUCCGCCCUUGUUUGUUCUUGUUUUAAUUCGUUCGAUAUACAUUGUCAAUUCUUGGAUAUAUUUAUUCUUAGUGAUUCAUUUACUCGUUUCAUGAUUCGCUUACGUCUUGUUCAUUCUUUGAAUUCAAAAGCCAACUAGAAUGAAAAGAAAGAAAAAAGGAAAUGAUGGAAGACUUUUGAAAAGAGCAUAAUUUAUUAGUAACAAAAGUUCUUCCAAGUUGGGCAAAUACUAAAAAGUUUCCGCCAUAUUGGAAUAAAAUAUUUUAAUUCCGUAAGUAUGUUUUAGGAUAGCCUUCCAUUCAUUCCCAUUUCGUUUAGGUAGUAUAAUGAUUUUUUUGGGGUUAUUUAGUUUAAUUUAUUUAGUUUAUUUUAGUUUAGUUCAGUUCAGUUUAGUUACUUGGGUUUAAUUAGGAUAGUUUGUUUAGUUUCAAGUUCAUAAUGCAUAUUUAUUUAUCUGUUCAGUUAUAAAUUAUGUUUUGUUUUUAUAUUUACCUUUGCA